AUGGCCUCCAAGCUCCUCGCAGACUACCCCUGGGUCUCGGCCCCGAUCAUCGUCAACGCGCCGAUGACGGGCUUCGCCGGCGCCGCCCUCGCAGCCGCCGUCAGCACCGCCGGCGGCAUCGGCCUACUCGCCAGCGACACCAUGGACCAGCUGAGCGCGGAGCUCGACCGCGCCAAGACCAGUCUACUAUCCUCUGACUCUCCAAACCCCAGCCUCAACCUCAACCCCAACUCCCGCACCACACUCCCUGUGGGCGUCGGCUUCCUGCUCUUCUACCACAAGCUCGACACUGCACUCCCCGUACUCGCGGCCCACAAGCCCGCCAUCGUCUGGCUCUUCGCCGCGCCGCAGCUCGCCGACUACGGCGUGUGGGCCGCCGUCAUCCGCGCCGCGACGCCAAACUCCAAGAUCUGGGUGCAGGUCGGCAGCGUAACGGCAGCGCUCGAGGUCGCGCGCGCCAACGCGCCCCCUGACGUGCUGGUCCUCCAGGGCGCCGACGCGGGCGGGCACGGUUUCGCGCGGGGUGCGGGGAUCGUGUCACUACUACCCGAGGCGACGGACGCGCUGCGCGCCAGCGGGCUGGGCCACGUCCCCAUCGUCGCAUCGGGCGGCAUCGUCGACGGGCGCGGAGUCGCGGCGGCGCUGGCGCUCGGGGCCGCGGGCGUGGUCAUGGGGACCCGGUUCCUGGCCGCGGCCGAGACGAAGGUGCACCCGCGGUACCGGGAGGCGGUGCUCAACACCAAAGACGGGGCGCUGAGCACGGCGCGCUCGGGCAUGUUUGACGAGCUGCGCGGGCCGAGCAUCUGGCCGACGGGGUACGAUGGGAGGGCGCUGGCGGUGGGCGGGAGCUAUGCGGAUUGGAGCGAGGGCGGCAUGGACAUAGAGCGCAUUCGCGAGCUGCAUGGGAAGGCGGCGGCCGAUGCUUUGGCCGGGGAUGGCUGGAAUCCGCGGGCUGCGGUGUGGGCUGGGACCGGCGUGGGGAUCGUGACACAGACGCAACCUGCGGCGGACAUCGUAGCUGAGGUACGGAGCGCUGCUCAGCGGGUUGUGCGAGGUCUGGUCCUGCCCGGAGCACCAACAUACUGA